GCAUUAACUGUGACUUCACUUAACGAUGCGCUCCAGCGUUUGGCUAGAAGGCUGACUCAGACACCACCAAACUGUCCAGAAGUGGAUCAGAACUGCGCUUUAGUGUUUUUGACACGGCACCUGCAUCUUAACGAUGACAUUCAGAAACACCUCCGUGGAUUUAUUUUCGCAGUUUUAUAUCUUGCAGAAUUUCUCCAUGUAUUUUAAUUUCUCUUUGGACUCUAUGUACGACAGAGGAGCGAAUUACGAGUCUGAAUCCCAAAGACCGACCAUCAGAGCGCUGCUCGUCGUCGCAUAUUCCGUUAUUAUCAUCAUCUCGCUGUUCGGAAAUGUGGUGGUUUGUCACGUUGUUAUUAAGAAUAAACGGAUGCACUCAGUGACAAGUUUGUUCAUCAUUAAUUUAGCCAUUGCUGACAUUCUUAUAACUCUCCUCAACACGCCUUUUACACUGGUUCGGUUUGUUUACAGUACAUGGGUGUUUGGGAAGGCGAUGUGCCAUGUGAGCCGCUUUGCACAGUAUUGUUCUGUUCAUGUCUCCGUUCUUACGCUGGUCGCUAUCGCCAUUGAUAGACACCAAGUGGUGAUGCAUCCAAUGAAACAGCGGAUGUCUCGGCUUCAGGGCAUAGCCUGGAUCGGUGUCAUCUGGAUCAUGGGGUCCUGCUUCUCUCUACCUCAUGCCAUCUACCAGAAACUGCUGCGCUUUGAAUUUGUCAAUAACAGAGUACGGAUGGUAUGUCUGCCCAGCUUUCCUCACCCCGCCGAUCUAUUCUGGAAGUAUCUAGAUCUUGCCACCUUUGUCCUGCUCUAUGUAUUGCCUUUAGCAAUUAUCUCCUUAUCGUACCUUGUGGUUGCCAAAAAGGUCUGGUUCCGGAAUGCUGUCGGUGAUGUCACGCUGGCUCAAUCGGCUGCUCAUCGCAGAAGGAAGAAGACAACUUUGAAAAUGCUAAUUGCAGUGGUGGCCGUUUUUGCAGUCUGCUGGUUUCCUCUAAACUGUUACAUUGUGCUGCUGUCAAGUAAUGUGAUCCAGGCUAACAAUGCCCUGUACUUUAUCUUCCACUGGCUGGCCAUGAGCUCUACCUGCUAUAACCCCUUUAUAUACUGCUGGCUCAAUCACAGCUUCCGUGCAGAACUCAGAGCCCUGCCUCUAAUUGGCCGAAUAGCCAAGGGCAAUGCCAUCCAGCAAUCCUAAGGAAGCACCUAAGAUUUUGCAGUCCCAUUUUUUCUUUUAAAAUUCAGUUGUUUCUCAUUUUUAUCCCACCCACAGCUCUUCUUUAUUCAUCUCCAUCUUAUUGAAAAUGACACCUAAACCCAUGUCCUUUGAAAAAACAACAACACUGUGCUGACAUUGAGGAGAUGACAUAAAUAAACUAGGGAUGGCAUCGAUCUGAUACUCAGGAUCGGUACUUGCUCUGAUACAGGAAUUUUCUGUCGAUCAAAAUCUGAUAUUGUGCGUAUUCGAUUCUGUGUUAUUGUUGAGCCCCAUGAAAGGUCAUAAACAUGAUAAAGCAUCAGAAAGUAUUUGUGCACUAUUUUUCAUUUGUUCUGAAAUGUGAGUUCAAUGUGAGGUACAGAUAAAUAUUUAGGUAAUUAAAUUCAAGUUACAUUACAUUUAUCUGACGCUUUUAUCCAAAGUGACUUACAAUUGCUAUAUAUGUCAGAGGUCGCACGCCUCUGGAGCAACUAAGGGGUUAAGUGUCUUGCUCAGGGAAACAUUGGUAUCUCACAGUGGAUUCGAACCCGGGUCUCUCACACCAAAGGCAUGUGUCCUAUCCACUGCGCCAACACCACCCCUAAAACUGAUCUUACAUCAGGACAAGAGAUCAACCUAACCUACCCUGGAUUCGAACCCACAACCUCACAGUUUCGAGAACAGUGCCUUAGCAGAGUGAGCCACAAUAGUUGACACACAAUUACAUAAACUCUUCUUUCCACUGCGGCUGUCUGUCAUCCUCCAUUCAGCAAUCAAACUGCGUGUUGCAUUUGGUUGCAUUCGGUUUAUCUGCUUACCCCCAGGGCAUCCAAGAUGUCGGUGACUUUGUUUCUUCAGUAGAACACAAAUUCUGAUUUUUAACUUCAGCCGGUGCAGUCUAUCAGUCGUACAAUGGAUGGCAAUGGUAACAGGAUCUAUGAGAGUAAAAAAAAACAUGCACAGACAAAUCCAAAUAAAGCAUCCCUGAAUGAACAAAACCUAUAUCAAAUUGUUUAACUACUUGGAAGAGGUGAUAAUGUACUGUUCUAUACUAAUACAAUGUAACUACAGUAACAGAGGUGGUAAUCAGAAGGUAACUGGCUCAGUUACCACAGAUAUUGUACCACGGAGCAAGGCCCUUCACCCUGAAUUGCUCUAGUCUAGGGAAUGGUCCCUAAUGUGCAAUUUAAGUUGCUUUGGCUAAAAUCGUCUGCUAAAUUGCUCCUUGUUAACUAAUAGCACAGGCCGCCACCUGAUGCAACAUUUAAAAAAAAAACAAAAAAAAAACGACUUGCUUUCUUACUGAUAGCAGUAACAUUCCGGAUGAAAUCUCGGAUGAAAUGGGGGAAGUGAUUUGCACAGGACAUUGAGGAUUGUAGAAUGUAAUACCUAAUACAUACUACCUUUGAGUCAGAAGGGUAGUUUUCUGAUCACAACAUUUCUUAACUGAUGUACUUUAGUACUUUUCUUAACUGAUUGUUAUGGCUCUGUUUAUCAGUUCUAAAGAAAUGUCCUUUUUAUCUCAUGCUUUUUUUAAUUUGAGUGUUAUGCCUUAGGUGUGACAUCAGUUUAUGUCAGUUUCUGUUCUGAAAUUUGUAAAAGAUCUCACAAAUUCCUUUCUAAAAUCCCCAAAUAUCUGAAAUUUAAUUACCUUAGCAACAGCCCCAUUAUUUACUUCGAUAGCAACACAAUCCAUGAUUUCAGUGUAUUUCACUUAAUUUCAUUUUGUGUGGUUUUUGUGGAAGUAUGAGAAUAAGAACUAAUCAGCUAUUAACAUAUUAAAAACAGAAAACAGAACUGCAAUUACCUUAGCAGUCUUCAUUGUUUCAAAUUUUAUUGAUUUUUCAGAGCACAAAUGAAAUAAUAUUCAUAAGUAAUACACAUUCUAAAUAGCUUUGAACAAAAUGUUGUAGCACAAAUGCUAAUAUCCAAAUGGACAUUUAACUAAAUAUCAAGGCUGGCUGAAAUUUGUGGUGAUUCACUGUGAUGUUAAAAGGCUCAAAGGCAAGUUGAUGAUGGUGGAGAAUGACCUCAUCCAUUCAUGCAUAUCAAAUAUAAAGACUAAGAUGGCAUGAUAAGGAAAAAAUUUAAAAAGCUACCAUGUGUGUAUAUUAUAUCCUGAAUAGAUUAUUUCUAUUUCUACAUAGAAUAUUUAAUAAAAUAUAAGAGUAUUAUAUACUUUACAUACUAAAUGUGAUGGUUUUGUUUUAAAAAAUUUAAUAAUUGUGACAAAUGCUGUGCUCUGGGAAAAGUUUGUAAUAAAACAGUGUUCACAUAAUCUAAUGCUGUCAUGUACUGACAUCCAUCAGUUAAUCUAAAAAUACACCAAAAGCAAAUUUAAUCCGAAUUAGAUUUUUCAAGCCUGUAGUUGUGCCAUUGUGUCUAAAAAAAGCCAGACAUCUUGCCAUUUGUCUGUCAAACCAAGCUAACACAGAGAUGACUUCUGUGAUUUUCCAUCAUCCUUAUAGGAUACUGUUGCCCGAGGGGUAUUUUGCUUUGAACUACAACAAAAAGAGGAUUUAAGUGAAGAGACAAAUGUAUUGUUGCUCAGUUAUUUUUGAUGUGUUAAAUCCUCACUAUGUUGCUAUUUGAUCUUGUGUGACGUUUGUGCGUAUGUGUGGGAUGGUAUUUGUUCACGGCAUGCCGUGUGUGAGACAAACAUCUAUCUGCGAGAAUGAAUUUCACUAUUUAAUUUUCCAGUUGCAGUGGGGGGUAUUUGCAGCUUUGAGUGUGUUAUGAUUUCUGUGAAGCCAUUACCGGCCUCAAAUGAUACAAUAAAAGUGAUGGUCAUUUAUGAGGGGAUAGAAAAAAAUGUCAAGCUUGUACCUGCCAAUUCAAUGUUAUGUAUAUCUUUCAAAGAUUAGUUCCUUUUUUUAUAUCACACAUUAUAUAUUUUGAUGUGUGUCCUGUUGGCGAUAUAUCAGAAGUUCUUCUUCAAAGGAGCUUCACAAAUAGCUGAAAUAACUCACACAAGAUUGUUUGCACUGAUUAAUUAAACAGCCAAACAAGGGUAGGAUGGGAAGCAACAAAGGACAAAUGUUUUAAAUAUAUAAUCAGCUGCAUUCUGAUCGUUUUUUUUGAAUCAUUAUGACAAUUUCUGUAUUUUCUGUGUGGUUGUAAUUUAAACAAAUGAUUAAAUCUUUUACACAGUG